AUGAGCUGGAAAUGGGAGGACCACCCGAAGCAGGACCAGUCCCGGGGCCCGGAAAAGGAGGGCCCGUACGUGGAGCGCAUCGGACUCCAUCCCCAGAGUGGACAAGGGCGGAGAGGUGACCUGUGAAUCCAGAAAAUUCCAGACUCCAGUACCAACCCUGGGGGGCGACUGUUGAUGGACCCCUCGCACACACCCCUGGGGAGGGAGGCGGUUCCUCGUUGAAGCUUUUUUUCUAAAAUAGUCGUUCUCUUUUAGUGUCAUCGGGUGUAGACUAACGGGGGCAGGAUUGAUUUCAGUGUCAACCAUUCUUAGUUUGAGUUUUUGGGUUUUUUUAGAUUGAUGUAUCUGCUUUAUUCACUAUCAUUUUUUGCUUUGAGUUUGAUUGUGUGAAAAGGGUUUAAAAUAAAGAUUUUUUUUUGGAAUGCAUUUUAGUUUUUUUAAAUAAUGGUCAUAGAUAGUGUAUAUUUGCUAUUCCGAAAUCAGUUAAAACCAUAUUGACCAUUUUUAAAUACAUCCAAAAUUUUGAUUAAUAAAGAGGUGCUGCCAUGGUAGUUUUUGAGUUUUAUUCAUCAAAUAUGGUCUGGUCAAGUUUUGAUUGAAGCAAUAAGAUAAAAGAAAACUAUAAAAACAGUCAACCGUUUUUUGGACCCCACUGUUUUUAGUGUGACGAAAAAAUUUUUUUAAAAAAAAAUUUAAAAAAAAAUUUCAAGUGCCACUAUUUCAAGAGACAGUGUUUCCCAAAUGGUCCUCGGGCCCCAAGGGGUGCAUGUUUAUUUUUUUACCCAAAUAACAGCUGUUUUAAAAUUAAAAAAAGCUUGAGAUUUUAUUAUUUUUCAUCACAUGUAAAACUGGGGCAAAAACCAAAAAAGUGCCCCCCUUGGGGUCCGAGGACCGAUUUGGGGAAAAGUGCUAUAUGUGUAGUGACUUUUCUCUCCCUCAAACCCCCCGGGGACGGGGUGAAAUCUGGUGCAGUGUGCUUUUUGGGAAAAAAGGAACCCCCCAACCCCUGUUAUUAAAAUCUAGUUUCACUCCCACAAUACCGUCUAGAUUUAAAAAUUUUCACGCCGAAAUACCUGGACUGGGCCAGGUAGGGAGGGGGGAUGGUUUUAACCUUUGGGGUGGAUUCAGGGGGGAGACUGACAGUAUGCCACCAUGAAAUUUAAGACAUAUAAAUUGUAUUAACUUUACGAGAUAGUGUAUGUAGACAUGUGUUUUGUUUGAACCGCUUGCUCAUUCACAGAUCUAACAGUAUAACCGGGGGGGGCAGGUAUUUGGGGGUUAAGGGGUUUUGUGCCACUAACUAAAAGGUUGCGGUUCUAACCCCCGAGGACUGGGUGAAAAAUUGUUGACCCCCCUUGAGCAAGGUUUUUAACCCUAAUUGCUCCGUAAGUCACUUUGGUAAGAGGUCUGUAAUUGCCAAUACUAUUAAUAUAAAACAUUAAUAUAAUCUAGAAGACACAAUUGAAAUAAAAAAAUUUUGGUUUGGGGCCAUUUUGGAUCUUUUUGGGGGGGCUAAAAGGGAUUGUACUUUUAAAGAAUUUGAGGUCAGAACACCUUUUUUUUAAUCUGUAGAAUGUUUUUACUUUACAAAAAGGGUUUCAAAACACAAAUAAAUGUUUUUUCCCUUAAAGGCCUACAAAUAUAAAAAGUUUAACAAUGAUUUGAUGUAAUGAUGUAGUCAUGUAAAACUGAAUGUUUACUUUUAACCCAUUUUGCACAUGUCACAGUUGAUUUCAUCUAGGGGUUCCAGUCCUGCUCUUCCCCCUGGGCCCCUGCAGUAGGUCCCACUGUACGUCAGUCAUGGCAGUUGAUGAGGGGGUUUUUGUACGGUCUGUAUACUGUGGAACCCCCAGCCUGUUGGGGUGUCCCAACUUUUUACGUAGUAAUCCCCUGAUUUCCCCUGGACCCCACUGGGCAGGUAAAAGUCACUAUGAUUCCACUGCACUAAAAUCAAAGGGGAGCCCCAACUGAAGUGUUGUAGCAAAAAAUAAAUUUUGGAGCCCCCGGGUUUCUGGUGAUCCAGGCUAGUUCGGGGAAGGCCUCUGCACCAUACACAUACUGCGGGUUUUUUAAGUCAGAGGACGUUGUCCUGGAGAAAGCUUACUGCAGGGUCUGGUUCAGUGAACGGGGCUGGAUUCGGAAACGAAUUCUGUAGAAAUAGCAUUCUUUUUAAUACAUUUUCCUGUAAUUAAAAUUAAACGAAAGGGUUAUAUAGCCUAAUAUUGCAAUUUCUGGGAAAAUUUUCUGUAAAAUAUUUUCCUGGAGACAGGGGGCAAAACCCAGAUGAAGAUGGUGAAAAAAGAUCAUGGUUGUGGGGGUUUUUUGUUUGAAGGAAAAUUCAGUCAUGAAGUGUUAAUCACAGAGAUAUAAACACCCCAAGUAAAGCAGUGGGGGCAAUGCAAAGUGUUCUCUUUGAAAAACAUACUUUUUUGGUCCCAAGGGUACGUUUUGAAGGGUUUUUCUUCUUUUGGGAUUUGGAUGGGGGUCACUCCAAAUUUAUGUGCUUACCCCCACCUACUGAUGGGUGUGGGGCCAUUCACACCCUACUUCUUUUAUUUUGAUCCCAAAAAUACAACUUUGGGGGAAAAGGAAAAGACCCCCCCCUAUUAGCCCUCCAAAAACCAACCCCCCAUUCUACUUUUAACCCUCCCUAUCCACUCCGGGCCCCUCUCUAAAACCCCACCCUUUCCCCACUUUUUAAACCCCUACCAUCCUAUACAGCCCAAUGGUCUGAGAAAUUUCCACUAACACUCAAGACCCCUGCGUUUUUCGGGAAAAAAUCCUCUUUCAAAAAAACCUUUUUCUUGACUUUGAUCCUUUUCUCAGAAAAUUUAAAAAGGCUAUAAACAAAAAAAAGCCCCCCUUUAUGAAGCCAAUUCCUCCCAUCACUCUCUUGUUCUCUCCCACUCCCGGAAUCCCCUCAGGUCCCUACCCUGUACCCUUUCCCCUACCAUUCUUUACUCUUCGAUUGCAUUUUUACUACCACCCUGGCACCUCAAACUUUUUUUCCUCACCCAAAACCUCCCAUCCCGCCCCCGAACACCCCUCAAAUAAAAACACCCAAAAACUUCCACCAAAACAAACAUUCCCUUUGUCUCAUGCCCUCCCGCACACUUUCACUCUAGAAAUCUCCUACUACACAGCCAUAGCCAACCUUGCACCAAAACAUGUAAAUUUUUGGAAAAAUAAGUUCACAGGAUAAAUGACACUUCCACCUGAUUUUCUGUUAAGACCGCAUCAAAAUCAGCUACAGUAAUUCUUUCCUUUCCCAAACGGCAGUUCACCAAAAAGGAGGGCACACAGACACCGGGAAUUUCCUUUUAACUGCUCCUCCUCAAACUUAAACCCCCCUGUUAUCCCUCUUUUCACCUUUAACCCCCAAUAUGGGUCAACCAAAAAGCAAAGGGUCCCUCUUCUCAAAUCUCACUCCCAUGGGCCAAAAAAUCCCCAUAAAUUGGGUGAGACCCCAAAAUCUGCGAUCCCGUGGAGGGCUUCACCCCACUUCAAAAUUCCAUCUUGAAUAUGGGACCCUGUUUUUUCACUUAACGCCCACCUUUCCCCACCCACUAUUCCCCCUAAUCAAUUUUUUCGCGUCAUCACGCACCUGCCACCUCAUUUUAAAUUUAUACACUUAUCAAUUCCUUCCCCUCAACCUUCCCCAAAUUUGUGCAUCCCCCUUUCAUUUACUCAAAACAUUUCCGUUCUCCUUUUUCUAGUCCCCCCUCUUUCCCUUUACCCAGAAAAAACUUCCCGAUGACUAGAUAAUCCCUCACUAUUAUUUUUCAGAAUGUUUCUCUUUCUUCCUUUUUCUUGUUCCAUUUCCCCUCCGCAGAAUGUCAACCCCUCGUCCUCCCCCGAUCGUUCAAAAAAAACUGGGGGUUUGAAGGAUCUUGUGAAAAAGAAUUUAAGGUGAGGUGUUGCAGCCAAAAUGGCCUUUAUUUGGAAACGCUUAUGGGUCAAAAAAGGGGGAAGGUUUGGAAGGGUUUUACCGGGGUGGGGAGAGAGGUUUUUCCUUUAAGAACCUUAGGUGUUUAAGGGCUUUUUUUAUUUUUUAUAUUCAACAAAGGUCUUUUAUGUUUAAAAAGGGGGGGUUCGGCCCGAUGUGAUGGCUGAAUUCGUGGAAUAACUAACCACAGUAGACAAAAAUGUGUUUUUUUCUGCCCAGUUUUGUUUUGGGAACCAGUUUAUGUAGCAAUAAGGCCUUUGGAGGUUUUGGGGGUUAGGCCAAAAUCCACGGCUAAGGGUUUAUCUAGGAAAACCCCCUUUUCGUCGGGAUAAGAACACACUUAGCCAUGGUAUAUUGGGCCUAUCCACACCCCCCGUGACUUUUUUCUUAAUUAUAAAAGGGGGGUUCGGCCCCUAAUGCUGAUUUGCGAAGAGUGGGAUUUUUGGGGUUUUUACCACAGGUAUGACAAAAAAUUUAAUUACGUUGGAACCGUUUUAAUAGGCAAAACGGCCUAAGGGUUUGUGGUAUAGGCCCAAAAACCACGCUAAAGGGUGGUUCUAAAACUCCGUGUUUUCGCGUGCGUAAGAACAGCCUUACCCGGUUUGUUUCCAUUUUAAACCCAAACCUUUUGCCCUUUUCGCUUAAAAUCUCCUGAACAAUCAAAAUUUAAAACAUGGGUGUGAUGUGAUGUGAGGAGAAACCCAUACAUGUAGCACUGACAGGUUUUGAUAAAAGUGCUGAAUGGGACGAUGUAUUGUUUAGACAUCUACAAAUGGAGCAUAUGAUAUUGGGUUUUUUUAGACCAAAACGUUUUUUGUCUCUCUCCGUGGUCAGGGUUUUAUGCAGUUGUGUGUGGACUGUGUGAUGCCACUGAAGACAGCUUAAAGGGGGGAUCUCCAGAGCGCGACGUCUCCCGUUCCGGGUUCACCUGCUGGUUCCCGAAUCCAAUGGUGGAGGGGGGAUUUUUGGGGGUGUUUAGGGGGUUUUUUUUUAGUGUUUGUCUGUUUAUUUAACUAGUAUUCAAACCCCAGGUUGUCGUAGGGGGGUUGAUCAUUGUCCAUCAUCUCUUUAGUUGGUUUAUGGUUUUUUCCUUUAGUUACUCAACAGAGUAAAUAGUAACGGUCGGAAAAACAAGUAUCAGUAGGAUCUAAGGGGUUUUAGACAUAGCUCUGUUUGCUUAGUUUUUUCAGCUAUAACAUUUUGUAUUUAGGUAUCUCCCCCCUCGACCGCAGAGGGCCCACUGUAGCAAAACGUCACUGUGCAGUCUGACUGAGGGAGGUUUUUGUACGACUCUGUAUCACUGUGUGAACACCCAGACACUGUUGGGAUAGUGUUAACUCUGACAGUAGUAAUCUCCUGCAUCUUCAGCCUGGACUCCACUGAUGGUCAGAGUGAAGUCACUAUGAGAUCCACUGCCACUGAAUCUAGAUGGAGUCCCAGACAGACGUUGGUUGGAAGAGUGCAUCAGGAGUUUAGGAGCUCUCCAGGUUUCUGUUCAUACCAGGCCAUACAGGUGUAAGACCCAAUACAAGCAUUUGAGGCAGUCGCACUGGUUUUACAGUUUAUAAUAACUGUCUGUCCUGAGAGAACAGAUUCCACUGUAGGAGUCUGAGUCACAGUGACCUGUCCUCUGGAAUCUGAAAAAUAGACAUUUAAGAUCUCAGAUAACAUUUGGUCAUGUUGUCUAAUUUUUUCAAUUUCAGAGAAACUUAAGAUGAAACACUAAAAUAAUAAACUGAUUUUUGACCAAUAAAUUGUAAAUCUUACCUUGAAUUAAGAAUAUCAAUAUCCACACAAAACUCAUAAUAAAAGUCAUUGUUGAAGUUCUGUUGUCAUGAAGGACAGCUCUCAGUAAUGAAGUGUUAAACUCACAGGGCUAUAAACACUCCCAGACCACUGAAGCAUGUGCUGCCAAUGCAAAAUUUCCUAUGUAAAUAUCCUUCCUGGUAAGGACCCACAUUCAACUGUUAACUAUGAUUCAGAUUAUACAGAUUAUUUUAUCGUGUUUUAAAUAACUUCUACUGUAAAUCAGUGAUUCAAGAUGAACAUAUAAUGAACUGCGUUCUUCAGUGGAUUAUUGUCACGGAUUCUGCCGAGGCUGCUCCCCCUCCUGGUACGAGCAGGCGUCGGCGGUCGCCGUCCCCGGAGUACUAGCUGCCACUGAUCUAUGUUUCUGUGUGUGAUUGCUUUUGUCUGUCUGUCACACCUGUGUCCUAUUGUGUAUUCAUCACCUGUCCUAUAAGUUCCGUCUUUUUGCUUGGUAGGAUUGUGUGUUGUUGUUCGCCUGUCUUUGUGCUGCGUGUUUUGUUUCUUGUUUUGUUAUUCUAGUGUUUUACGCUUUUUGCGUAAAUGCUCGCCUCUUAUGUUUGGAGGUCGUUUGUUUACCGUUUCCUCUUGGAAAUUUUUGAGUAAACUCUGUUGGACUGAGCCUCGGUGUCCUGCGCCUGACUUCCACCACACAUACACCUCACCUCUUGACAGAACAACACACCAUCUCCAUGGAGACAGCAGGAACAGCGGCGAUACCCGAUUCCCUGGAGGACCGGAUUAAUUACCAGGACGCCAUGAUCCGGCAACUCGGGGUCGCCAUGGACGAGGUGUCCAACAGACUGCGCCGGUUGAUGAAUCGGGAGGUGCCCACGCCGUCUCACACCAUCCCAGCACCAACGGCCAGUUCCUCCUCUCUCAGCACCGGAACCCAGUGGCAUUCGGCUCUCGCUCCCGAGGGCAUAUGACGGUUCUGCAGCCGGGUGUCAGGGCUUUCUCCUACAGGUAGAACUUUACCUUGCCACCAUACACCCGGCGCCCUCGGGAUACGAGAGCGUCUCCCGCCCUCAUCUCCUGUCUCUCCGGGAAGGCGUUGGAGUGGGCCAACGCCGAAUGGAGGGGAAUAGACGCCGCCACCAUCACCUACGCGGAGUUUUCCCGCCGCUUCAGGACUGUCUUCGAUCAUCCACCUGAGGGGAAAGCGGCGGGGAGGAGAGCGUCUAUUCCACCUCCGACAGGGGAGGAGGAGCGCACAGGAGUUCGCACUGGAGUUCCGGACACUAGCAGCGGAUGCGGGAUGGAAUGAGAGGGCCCUCAUUGACCACUAUCGGUGUAGCCUACGACGGAGGACGUCCGUCGUGAGAUGGCCUGCAGGGACACCAAACCUGUCGUUCGACCAGCUGGUGGACAUCUCCAUCAGUCUAGACACCCUGCUGGCUACCCGCGGACGUCCCGAGUGGGGGUCGUCCAUUCCAUCCUCCAGCACCUCCGAGCCUAUUCCUAUGGAGCUCGGGGGGUGCUGGCGCUAGAGAGAGGAGGAGGGAGAACCCGAGGAGGGCCAACCCCCUGCACCAACUGUGGCCGUGGAGGACACCACCACGGUCAGGUGCUGGGGAGGGUCUUCUGAGAGAGGGGGACAACAGGUCACGCACUGGGGAGUCAUUUCAGGUGAGUAGGCGCCCCACUUACCCAGAGCUCUCUGUUGGUCACAUGAGUAUUCCUGUGCGUUUUCCACAGGUGGCACCUCAUUCCCAGCAUAAGGCGCUAGUAGAUUCAGGCGCAGCUGGAACUUUAUUGAUCGUAAAUUUUGUGCUAGGUUAGGAAUUCCCCUUCGGCCGGUAGAAGUUCCAUUCCCUGUCCAUGCAUUAGACAGCCGGCCGUUGGGGUCGGGUCUGAUCAGGGAUGUCACAGCACCACUGACGAUGACUACGCAGGGGGGUCAUGAGGAGAUCAUUCAGUUCUAUCUGAUUGACUCUCCUGCGUACCCAGUGGUGUUGGGGCUUCCCUGGUUAAGUACCCACGAUCCUACCAUAGCGUGGCAACAGAGGGCUCUUAUGGAGUGGUCUGCCCAGUGUGUAGGGAGAUGUCUAGGUGUUUUCCAUAGGGGCGACCUCGGUAGAGAGUCCGAACCAAGUGCCCGCACUGCGCAUUCCCCCCGAGUAUGAGGAUUUAGCACUGGUAUUUAGUAAAUCGAGGGCAGCAAGGCUACCUCCUCAUAGACAGGGGGACUGUGCGAUAAAUAUCCAGACUGGAGCAGCUCUUCCCAGGAGUCAUGUGUAUCCCCUGUCUCAAGAGGAGACAGCGGCUAUGGAGACAUACAUAGCCGAGUCCUGGCACAGGGAUACAUACGGCCCUCUACUUCCCCAGUCUCCUCGAGUUUCUUCUUUGUGAAGAAGAAGGACGGGGGGAUUGCGCCCGUGUAUUGAUUAUCGUAGUCUCAAUCAGAUUACAGUUAAAUACAGCUACCCACUGCCACUGAUUGCGACGAUGACGGAAUCAUUACGCGGAGCGCGGAUUCUUCACAAACGUUAGAUCUCAGGAGCGCGUACAAUCUGGUGCGCAUUAAGGGGGGGGAUGAAUUGGAAGCACAGCAUUAGUACCACCUCGGGUCAUUACGAGUAUCUCGUCAUGCCAUACGGGGUUAAUGAAUGCUCCUUCAGUCUUCCAUCCUUUGUUGACGAGAUUUUCCGGGACAUGCAUGGGCAGGGUGUAGUAGUUUACAUCGACGACAUCCUGGUGUACUCUUCUACACGAGCCGAGCAUGUAGCCCAGGUGCGCCGAGUAUUGAGACGACUGUUGGAGCAUGAUUUGUAUGUCAAGGCAGAGAAAUGCCUGUUCUUCCAGGAGUCCGUCUCCUUUUUGGGUUAUCGUUUGUCCGCGUCUGGCGUGGAGAUAGAGGUAGAUCGGGUAUCGGCUGUGCGUAAUUGGCAAACUCCAACCACCGUAAAAGAGGUGCAGCGGUUCUUGGGUUUGCUAAUUACUACCGGAGGUUUAUCCGGGGCUUUGGACAGGUUGCAGUUCCCAUUACGUCCCUGCUAAAGGGGGGUCCGGUGCGCUUGCAGUGGUCAGCUGAGGCGGACAGGGCAUUUGUCAAGCUGAAGAAACCUGUUCGCCUCGGCCCCGGUGCUGGCGCAUCCGGAUCCCUCUUUGCCUUUCCAAGUAGAGGUGGACGCGUCCGAGACCGGUAUUGGGGGCAGUCCUGUCACAACGGUCCGGCACGCCACCUAAGCUCCGCCCCUGUGCAUUCUACUCUAAGAAGCUCAGCUCGGCGGAGCGCAAUUAUGACGUUGGGGACAGGGAGCUGUUAGCUGUAGUCCAGGCCCUAAAGGUGUGGAGGCAUUGGCUUGAGGGGGCUCAACACCCUUUCCUCAUUCUGACUGAUCACCGUAACCUGGAGUACAUCCGGGCAGCUAGGAGAUUGAACCCCUCGUCAGGCUAGGUGGAACAUGUUCCUGACCCGGUUUGUUUUUAAGAUCACCUACAUCCCUGGGUCCCAGAACGGUAAGGCAGACGCCCUGUCCCGGCAGUAUGACACAGAGGAGAGGUCCAUUGAGCCUAUUUCCAUACUGCCGGAGUCUUGUCUGGUGGCUCCGGUAGUAUGGGAGGUCGAUGCGGAAAUCGAGCGGGCGCUGCGUACCGACCCUACUUCCCCCCGAGUGUCCUGUGGGGCGGACGUACGUUCCGCUCGAGGUUCGUGAUCGGCUUAUUUCUUGGGCUCAUACAUCACCCUCCUCUGGACAUCCUGGUAUUGGUCGGACGGUGCACUGCCUUAGCGUAAAAUACUGGUGGCCAACGUUAGCCAGGGAUGUGAGGGUUUAUGUCUCCUCCUGCUCGGUAUGUGCCCAGUGUAAGGCACCUAGACAUUUGCCCAGAGGUAAGUUACAUCCUCUGCCCGUUCCACAACGACCAUGGUCCCACCUCUCGGUAGAUUUUGUGACCGAUCUACCCCCUUCCCAGGUAAUACCACCAUUUUGGUCGUUGUGGAUCGGUUUUCUAAGGCCUGUCGUCUCCUCCCACUGCCGGGUCUCCCUACUGCCCUACAGACCGCCGAGGCCCUCUUUACCCCACGUGUUCCGGCACUAUGGGGUCCCCGAGGAUAUUGUGUCCCGACCGAGGUCCCCAGUUCACCUCCAGAGUCUGGGGGGCUUUCAUGGAACGCCUGGGGGUCUCGGUUAGCCUUACCUCGGGGUACCACCCAGAGAGCAAUGGGCAGGUUGAACGUGUGAACCAGGAUGUGGGUAGGUUUUUGAGGUCCUAUUGCCGGGACCGGCCGGAGGAGUGGUCGAGGUAUAUCCCCUGGGCAGAGAUGGCCAGAACUCUCUCCGCCACUCCUCCACCGGAUUAACACCUUUCCAGUGUUAUUUAGGGUAUCAGCCGGUCCUGGCACCGUGGCACGAGAGCCAGACCCGAGGCACCUGCGGUGGACGAGUGGAUUCGGCACUCGGAGGAGACGUGGGACGCUGCCCAUGUCCAUCUGCAGCGUGCCAAUCCGUCAACAAAAGGCGAGCGCCGAUCGCCACCGCAGUGAGGGGCCGGUGUACGCACCGGGAGAUCGAGUCUGGCUCUCGACUCGAAACCUGCCCCUCCGCCUGCCCUGCCGGAAGCUGGGUCGGCGGUUUGUGGGGCCCUUUUAAAGUCCUGAGAAGGUUGAACGAGGUGUGUUACAGGUUACAACUGCCUAUAGAGUACAAAAAUAUUAACCCCUUCGUUCCAUGUGUCUCUUCUCAGGCCGGUGGUAGCUGGUCCACUCCAGGAGAAUGAGAUAGGAGAGACCCCUCCGCCCCCGUUUGGACAUCGAGGGGGCCCCGGCGUAUAGAGUCCGGAACCAUCUUGGACUCGAGGCGCCGGAUGAGUGGUCUCCAGGUAUCUGUGGAGUGGAGGGGUACGGUCGGGGGAACGGUGGGUGCCCGGAGGGGGCACCCGAUCCACCCUCCUGCGUUUCCCCUGGGGAUCCCCCGCCCGGUCCGCUCCCUGGCCCCCCCAGGCCGGGGGGGGGGAGGGUGGGCCCCGGGGGGGGGGACUUUUGGUUGGAGGUGCCCCCCCUUUUUAAAACCUGCCGGGGAAUAUCCCCUGUCAGUUUUUUUGAGGGUUUUUUGGUCCCCUUGGAUUUUUAAAAAAAAAUAAUUUUUCCCCUUUUUGGGUUGGUGGGGGGUUUGGCGCUUUUUUUUGCGGGUUUUGUUUUUUUCUGUGUUUUUUGGAAAAUUGGCCCCCAGGGGGGUUUUGGGGACCUUUUUUGGAAUUUUUAAAAUCUUUACAGCCUCGUUCUGGGGCCACCCCACCACACAAACCCCCCCCCUUUCCCAAUUUCCCCCAAAGAACAUCAGCCAAAUUUUUGGGCCUUUUAACAUCAUUUUGUAUUUUAAAAAGAAUAUAUCAGUCCCCAAUUUUUAUUUCCAAAAAUCAGGCCCAGGGGUUUUAAAAACUUCCAUUUAGGUGGAUUUAAGUAUCGUGUGUUUGGGGGCCCCUUGUUUGGAUUUUUUUCAAAUUUUUUUCCCAAAAUCACUGUAGAUUUUAAAUGGAAAAAUUUUGGGGGGUAAGCCUUUUUUCCCUUUUUUUUUAUUUUUGGAAAUUUUAGGUUUUCCUUUUAAAAAAAUUUGGAUUCUUUUUACGUUUCUUGGAAAUUUUUUAAUUGGGUAAAGGCGAACCCAAAAAAAAGGGGGUUUUCCAACCCAAAUUUUUUUUUGCAAUUAAAUUAUUUUUAAAAAAAAAAUUUUUUAAACAUUGGGCUUUUUUCCCGGGGAAAAUACUUUUCUUAAAAAGAAACUUUUUAUUGUAUAAGGGGGAAGAUCGGUUUUUUAACCCUUUUUUUUAAUUAUUUUUGGAUUUUUGGUUUUUUUUUUAAAAAACUUUGGAAGGGUUUAUGUCAGGGUUUUUUUUGAAUAUUAAAAAUUUUGAACAAAAAUGGUCUGGGAGUUUUAAAAGCCUUUUCCCAAACAAAUAACCCGGCCCAAUAAAAACAACUAUGGAGUUCCCCAAAAAAGGAAAAAUUUGGGGGGUUUUUUAAAAACCCUGGGGGUUUUUUUGAUCUUUAAAAGGGCAAAAAACUGUAGAGCAUGAAUAUUUUCUUCCCCCCCUUUUCCUCCCCCCAAACCUGACACCAAAACAGGGUUUAAACCCAAAAAGGAAAGGGAAACCCCUUUCUCUUCAAAUCUCUUCGCACUGGGCCAAAAACACCCUUUAUCAUCCUUUGACGAGGCCCCGAACUCGGGCGCCCCUCACCGCGGGCCCCCAAAGUUCCACCCUUAAAACUACUGGAGCACGUCCCUUUUUUGCACAUAACCCCACCUUCCCACCUCACAUUUCCUUUUUACACUAAACUUUCUUCUCACAGUCAUUCAUGCCCCGUCACCCCCCACUCCAUUUUUAUUCGGGGAAUAUGUUUCACUUUCUUCCUUUUUGCUUGUUCUCCAUCUUCCCAUCCGACCAGAAUGUCCACCCCUCGUCCUCCUCCGCACUCGUUCAAAACACAUGGGCGUUGAAGGGAUCUGUGUGAACAUUUUAAAAGUUGAGGCUGAUUGUCCAGUCCAUCAUGGCCUUUGAUUGGUUUACCAAGCCUCAUCUGGGCUCAAACAAAUGCUGGGAAAGUUCUGGGAAGGUUUCUAGCUUGGCGUGGCAGGAGAGAGGUUUUGCCUUGACAGAACCUUAGGUCCUUUAAGUGGCUUAUAAUCAUGUUAUAUAAUCUCAAAGCAAAGUGACGUAUAUGUCAUUAUAAACUGUGUGGUUCGAGCCCUGAAUGCUGAUUGGCUGACAUAUGUGGUAUUUGAGACCGUAUACCACAGGUAUUACAAAACAUAUAUUUCUAUUGCUCUAUUUACGUUGGUAACCAGCUUAUAAUAGCAAUAAAGCUCCUCAGGGGUUGUGAUAGAUGGCCAAUAUACCACGGCUAAGGGCUGUGUCUAGACACUCCGCGUUGCGUCAUGCAAAAGAAGAGCCCUUAACGUGGUAUAUUGGCCAUAUACCACCCCCCCUCAGGCCUUAUUGCUGAAAUAGUCUUCCUGAAAAUCAGACUUAUUAAUACAUUUUGUGUGAUAUGAUGUAGAUUCAUGAUAGCUAUGUAAUCACUGACAUGGUUUCUGAUAUAAGUGCUGAAAGGGGACUGAUAUAUUGAUUACUGAUUGACUGAUCUAAAGGGGAGAUCUCCAGAGCUCUGACGUCUCCAGUCUCCUGCUUCACCUGCUGCUCUCUGGAACAGUGGUGUUAGGAAGGAUGUAUGGGUAAUGUUUAGGGGCUUUAUUGUAUGUGUUUGAAUCAUAUUGAUUCAAUUCUAGCUAUUCAAAACACAGGUCAUCUUAAGUCUUUUAUAUAUCAUUUCACAUCAUCUCUAUUCAGAUUGGUUGAUGGUUUUCCUUGAGUUACUCAACAGAGUCAACAUGUAGUUAAUGAUCAGGAGAAACAUUUAGUGAUCAGUUAUGGUCUAAGGUCUUCUAGACAUAGAUCUAGUUUGACUUUAUUGUUGUUCAGCUCUACUACACAGUGUCAUUGUAAGUUCCUUUCCUGAGGAUGGCUCACCCCUCACAGUUCUGGGUGACUUUAACCUCCCUACGUCUGCCUUUGACUCAUUUCUCUCUGCCUCCUUCUUUCCACUCUUUUCCUCUUUUGACCUCACCCUCUCACCGUCCCCCCCUACUCACAAGGCAGGCAAUACGCUUGACCUCAUCGUUACUAGAUGCUGUUCUUCUACGUCGCAACCUUCGCUCUCUCUCUCCCGCUACUCUCCUCUUCCAUCCAAUCAUCCUUCCCUCUGCUAAAAUCCUUCUCCAUCCGAUCUCAUGAUUCUGCCUCCUCAACCCUCCUCUCCUCUCUUUCUGCAUCUUUUGACUCUCUAUGUCCCCCUAUCCUCCCGGGCCAUCUCUGUCCUCCCCUCCUGCUUCCGUGGCUUGAUGACUCAUUGCGAGCUCACAGAACAGGGCUCCGGGCAGCCGAGCGGAAAUGGAGGAAAACUAGACUCCCUGCGGACCUGUCAUCUUUUCACUCCCUCCUCUCUACAUUUUCUUCCUCUGUUUCUGCUGCUAAAGCCACCUUCUACCACUUUAAAUUUCAAGCCCUCUGCCUCUAACCCUAGGAAACUCUUUGCCACCUUCUCCUCCCUACUGAAUCCUCCUCCUCCUCCCCCUCCUCCCUCUCUGUGGAUGACUUCGUCAACCAUUUUGAAAAGAAGGUUGACGACAUCCGAUCCUCAUUUAUUAAAUCAAAUGACACCGCUGGUCCUGCUCACACGCCCUACCCCUAUGCUUUGACUUCUUUCUCCCCUCUCUCUCCAGAUGAAAUCUUGCGACUUGUGACGGCCGGCCCGCCCAACAACCUGCCCGGCUUGACCCUAUCCCCUCCUCUCUUCUCCAGACCAUUUCCGGAGGACCUUCUCCCUUACCUCACCUCGCUCAUCAACUCAUCCUUGACCCUGUGCUAUGUCCCUUCCGUCUUCAAGAGAGCGAGAGUUGCACCCCUCCUCAAAAAACCUACACUCAGAUCCCUCCAAUGUCAACAACUACAGACCAGUAUCCCUUCUUUCUUUCUCUUCCAAAAACUCUUGAGCGUGCCGUCUCUAGCCAACUCUCCGGCUAAUCUCUCUCAGAAUGACCUUCUUGAUCCAAACCAGUCAGGUUUCAAGACUGGUCAUUCAACUGAGACUGCUCUUCUCUGUGUCCACGGAGGCUGUCCGCACUGCUAAAGCUAACUCUCUCUCCUCUGCUCUUAUCCUUCUAGACCUAUCUGCUGCCUUUGAUACUGUGAACCAUCAGAACCUCCUCUCCACACUCUCCGAGUUGGGCAUCAUCUUCGGCUCUGCUCACUCUUGGAUUGCAUCCUGCCUGACAGGUCGCUCCUACCAGGCGGCGUGGCGAGAAUCUGUCUCCGCACCACGUGCUCUCACCACUGGUGUCCCCCAGGGCUCAGUUCUAGGCCCUCUCCUAUUCUCUCUAUACACCAAGUCACUUGGCUCUGUCAUAUUCUCACAUGGUCUCUCCUAUUAUUGCUACGUAGACAACACACAAUAAAUGUUCUCCUUUCCCCCUUCUGAUAAGCAGGUGUCGAAUCGCAUCUCUGCAUGUCUGGCAGAUAUAUCAGUGUGGAUGUCGGAUCACCACCUCAAGCUGAACCUCGGCAAGACGGAGCUGCACUUCCUCCCGGGGAAGGACUGCCCGCUCCAUGAUCUCGCCAUCACGGUUGACAACUCCAUUGUGUCCUCCUCCCAGAGUGUAAAGAACCUUGGCAUGACCCUGGACAACACCCUGUCGUUCUCCGCCAACAUCAAAGCGGUGACCCGAUCUUGCAGGUUCAUGCUCUACAACACUCGUAGAGUACGACCCUACCUUACACAGAAAGCGGCACAGGUCCUUAUCCAGGCACUUGUCAUCUCCCGUCUGGAUUACUGCAACUCGCUUUUGGCUGGGUCUCCCUUUCUGUGCCAUUAAAACCCCUACAACUUAUCCAGAACGCUGCAGCCCAUCUGGUGUUCAACCUUCCCAAGUUCUCUCAUGUCACCCUGCUCCUUCGCACACUCCACUGGCUUCCAGUUGUAGCUCGCAUCUACUACAAAACCAUGGUGCUUGCCUACGGAGCUGUGAGGGGAACGGCACCUCCUUACCUUCAGGCUCUGAUCCUACACCCAAACGAGGGCACUACGUUCAUCCACCUCUGGACUGCUAGCCCCCCUACCUCUACGGAAGCACAGUUCCCCGCUCAGCCCAGUCAAAGCUAUUCGCUGCUCUGGCACCCCAAUGGUGGAACAAGCUCCCCCACGACGCCAGAACAGCGGAGUCACUGACCACCUUCUGGAGACACUUGGAAACCCUAUGUCACGAGAAUUUCUAUCUCUAAUUAAACUCAAAUUUGAAUAAUUCCCAGAGGGUGUAAGGCUCUGGAUUUAAUCAUGAAUUAAACAAGGUCCACAACCAGCAAGAAUGAUCUGUAUUAUUUAAUCAUGGAGAGGUCUGCUGCCAAAACACAAUAUACAGCCUUUAUAUAUGCCUUCACACAAAGGAACUUUGCUUCCGCCCACCUUUAGGCGGCCUGUACAUUUCCACAACCAGUUUCUAAGUCUCCUCCCUCCUGGAAUGUUUGUCUCAGCAGUUUCUAACUCACCCCCUCUCUAGUGGGUUUACACUACAUUAUAACUCUAACACAGUUCACACAUUUAAACCGCAUUUGGGUUUGAAAUCCUUUAGUCAUUAUUUUCAAAAUACAAAUUAAUCUAUCAAUCCACCCUUUGACAAAAAAUGUCACACUCAGGAUGAAUGUAUUUACAAGCAUGAGUAAUCUCAGAGAUUAGUUCUAUUUAACUCCUUCCAACCAUAGGCCUUCUUUUUAAGAUUUUCCCUAUGAUAUUCAUACAUCAGAACUAAUAAAUGUUUCAUCCAAUUGUGGUCUUUCAGGGUCAAAGUCCUCGUUAUCCACCAAGCCUGGAGGAUCGUAUUUCACAUUCCACUGGUCAGUCCGUAGUCGGUCCAUAUCUUAUCAUCUGUUGAGAAACUGCAUACUCCAACGCCUAACCUCCCAACCCUCGGACACAGGGAACAAGACAACAACAACCACAUAAUACAAGCAAUUGCAUCCAAUUGCGGUGGCUGCCCCCAAGAUGGUGGCUGCUAUGGUUUUCCAUUUACCAAACAUUUUUGUGACGAGUACUGAGGAUAUGAAGAGGCGGGACACAGACGCAGGAAAUUAACAAGGUCAAGGUUUACUCAAAGAGAAUUAACAAAGAUAGAGUACAUGACACGAAGCAAAAACAAUCCACAACGCAACAUGACACAGAACAGUCCAGGGUCAGGGCGGCGACGGUGGAAGUCCCGAAUUAGGUUGGGGUCCAGAAUGUCCCCAGCCUGGAACCCAGCUCCUCUCCUCAGGACCAUACCCAUCCCAGUCCACCAGGUAAUGGAGAAGUCCCCACGGAACCUGGAGUCCAGCAGGUCCCUCACCGUAUACGCCGGACUCCCAUCAAUGUCCAGGGGCGGAGGAGGCGUACCCCGGGGGACGGCAUCCGCCUAAGGACCUGGAACCACCGGCCUGAGGAGAGACACAUGAAAAGUGGGUGAGACACGGUAGUGAGGAGGAAGGAGCAGCCGGUACGAUACCUCAUUUAUCUGCCGGAGGACCUUUAACGGCCCCACAAACCGGGGGCUCAGUUUCUUGCAGGGCAGGCGGAGAGGAAGGUUUUUUGUGGACAGCCAGACACGAUCCCCAGGCUGGAAUACAGGGGCUUCACUGCGGUGGCGGUCGGCUUGGUCCUUCUGCCGAUGAAUGGCCCUCUGGAGAUGGACAUGGGCGGCAUCCCAGACCUGUCCGGCCCUGUGAAACCACUCGUCGACAGCGGGCGCAUUGGUCUGGCUAGGUGUCCAAGGUGCCAGGGCCGGCUGGUACCCCAGGACACACUGGAAGGGAGUGAGCCCCAUGGAGGAGUGAAUGAGGAAGUUCUGCGCAUAUUCUGCCCAGGGAAGAAACCUCGCCCACUCACCCUGCCGGUCCUGACAGUGGCAACGAAGAAACCUCCCUAGCUCCUGGUUCAUGCGCUCCACCUGCCCAUUCGACUGAGGCCUAUACCCGGAAAGGAUUCCACACUCGGGAGGGGGCCACGGUCCGAGACGAUGUCCUCCAAAAGUCCAUAAUGCUGGAAGACCUGUUGGAACAGAACCUCAGCAACCUGGAGAGCAGAAGGAAGACCAGUUAGUGGCAAAAAACGGCAUGAUUUGGAGAACCGAUCUACGACCACUAUUACUGUGGUGAAGCCGUCAGAACGUGGAAGGUCGGUGACAAAGUCUAUGGACAGGUGUGACCAAGGUCGCUGAGGCACUGGGAGAGGAACUAGUUUGCCUGCCGGGGCGUUCCGAGGUGUCUUCGUUUGGGCACAUACGGAACAGGAGUUGACAUAGCGGGACACAUCAGAAGCCAAGGUGGGCCACCAGUACUUUUGUGCUAGAGAAUGCAGAGUGCGCGUAAUACCGGAGUGCCCUGCCGUAAGGGUGGUGUGCGCCCAGAUCAGCAGGCGGUCCCGGACACUGGUGGGGUACAUACACGCAACCCGGAGGGGCGUUGGCAGGCUCCGGGUCCUCCUGAGCCACCGGGCGGAUAUCUUUUUCCACAUCCCAAACGACAGGUGCAGCAAUGUAGACGUGGGCUGGAUAGGAUCCCCCAGAUCCUUCCUUUCUCCGGUAUGGUGCAUCCUGGAGAGUGCGUCAGCUUUCACAUUCUGGGACCCUGGGCAGUAGGACAGAAAUAAUUGAAAUCGAGUGAGAAAUUUGGCCCACCUUGCUUGACGAGAGUUCAUCCAAUUCGCUGCCCGUAUGUGCUUCAAAUUCCGGUGGUCAGUAAGAAUCCGGAAUGGAUGGACUGCACCCUCCAGCCAGUGUCUCCAUUCCUCCAGAGCGAGGACCACCGCCAACAGCUCCCUGUCUCCAACUCCAUAGUUCCUCUCUGCGGGGCUAAGCUUUUUUGAGAAAAAGGCACAGGGAUACAUUUGCUCUGGCUUACCGUGCCACUGGGAGAGGACCGCACCCAUGCCCUCCUCCGAUGCGUCCACCUCCAGGAUGAAAGGAUGAGAGGGAUCUGGGUGUUUUAGGAUGGGCACUGUGGUGAACCUCUCCUUCAGCCUCUUGAGGGCAUCGUCAGCCUCAGGGUUCCAGGUCAGCUUCUGAGGCCCGCCCUUAAGGAGAGAGGUGAGCGAGGCGGUUAUGGAGCUGAAGGACCUGAUGAAAUGGCGGUAGAAAUUGGCAAAGCCCAGGAAGCUCUGUAGGCCCUUGGUGGUGGGAACUGGCCAUGACCUGACGACGUCCGUCUUCACUCCUUCCAUGAACACCCCCUGAGGACUGAUCCUGUAUCCUAGGAAGGAGAUGGCCGGUUGGUGGAAUUCGCAUUUCUCCCCUUUCACGAACAGGCUGUGUUCCCGGAGACGGAGUAGGACAGCUUGGACGUCCCUGACGUGCUCCUCGAACGUAGCCGAGUAGAUCAGGAUAUCGUCGAUGUACACCACCACCUGUCUACUCAGCAUGUCCCGGAACACGUCAUUGACGAAGGACUGGAACACAGAUGGUGCGUUGGCGAGGCCGUAGGGCAUGACGCGGUAUUCAUAGUGGCCUGAGGUAGUAUCUGCUAAAUGACUAAAAUGUAAAAAUGUAAAUGUAAUGUAAAAUGUAGUACUGAAUGCCGUCUUCCACUCAUCUCCUUCCCGGAUUCGGAUUAGGUUGUAGGCACUCCUCAGGUCCAACUUGGUAAAGUACCGGGCCCCUCAUAGCUGCUCGAUGGCCGACGGAACCAGAGGGAGGGGGGUACCGGUACUUGGUGGUGACUGCGUUCAGCCCCCUGUAGUCAAUGCAUGGUCUCAGUCCUCCGUCUUUCUUUUUAUUAAAUGUUUUUUAUUUCACCUUUAUUUAACCAGGUAAGCCAGUUGAGAACAAGUUCUCAUUUACAACUACGACCUGGCCAAGAUAAAGCAAAGCAGUGCGAUAAAAACAACAACACAGAGUUACAUAUGGGGCAAACAAAACAUAAAGUCAAAAAUACAACAGCAAAUAUAUAUACAGUGUGUGCGAAUGUAGUAAGUUAUGGAGGGUAAGGCAAUAAAUAGGCCAUAGUGCAAAAUAGUUACAAUUUCGUAUUAACACUGAAUGAUAGAUGUGCAAAAGAUGAUGUGCAAAUAGAGAUACUGGGGUGCAAAUGAGCAAAAUAAAUAACAAUAUGGGGAUGUAGUUAGGUGGGCUAAUUUCAGAAUGGCUGUGUACAGGUGCAGUGAUCUGUAAGCUGCUCUGACAACUGACGCUUAAAGUUAAUGAGGGAGAUAAGAGUCUCCAGCUUCAGAGAUUUUGCAGUUCGUUCCCGUCAUUGGCAGCAGAGAACUGGAAGGAAUGGGGGCCAAAGGAGGUGUUGGCUUUGGGGAUGACCAGUGAGAUAUACCUGCUGGAGCGCAGACUACGGGUGGGUGUUGCUAUGGUGACCAGUGAGCUAAGAUAAGAUGGGGAUUUGCCUAGCACGAAGAAGAAGCUGGCGGAGGCAGGAGAGGUAGAUCAUCUGAUGAACCCCUGUUUCAGGGUGUCCGCCACAUACUUCUCCAUGGCCUCAGUCUUCGCCAUGGAAAGGGGGGUAAAUGCGACUCUUCAGGGGGUGUUGUCCCUCCAGCAGGUCAAUGGCGCAGUACCAGGGCCUGUGAGGAGGGAGACACAUAGCCUUUACUGAAGAGAAGACAUUGGAGAGAUCUGCAUACUCACGUGGAAUGUUGGGCUGGAGGGCGGAGUCCGGACUCUCCACUGACGUGGAACAACAAACCACCGGCAGCCAGGUCUUCCGGCAUGAGGUAGACCAGGCUGUGAUACUCUUGGUGCUCCAAUUGAUGGUGGGGUUGUGUAGUCUUAGCAAGGGCAAUCCCCAGACGAUCCGGUGAAGGGAUGACGUGAUGAUGUGGAAUGACAGCUCCUCGUGGUGCUCCGGUAGUGUGGGAAUGGUGAUGGUGAUGGGACAGUGACGUACGUAAUGGUGCCUGAUCCAAGGGGUUUAUUGUCCAGUGAGGUGACAUGUAGCGGAGAUGGCAGUGGCACAGUGGGCAACCCCCAUUCAGAGACCAGCUCCCUAUCUAUAAGGUUCCCCGCUGAUCCGGAAUCUAUCAUAGCAGUAGAAAUGGAAGAGAAGGAAUAACCAGACACCGUUAUGGGAACUAAAAACAAUGGUUUUGUGAUAGGAGCUGGCGUAACACUUACGGAGCGGCGACGGGAGUCAUAUCGCCUAGAUAGGGAGCCGCCAGGAGAUCUGUGGUCCGUGGUGGUGUAGGGGGUGCUGCCCACCUCCAUGGGUGAGGACUCGGAAGCAGGGCGGCUUCCAUAGCUCAGUUGGGUGAGCGUUGAGACUCCGGGAGGUGUUGGGAACGCCGUCUCUCUCUCAACAUGUCGUCAAGACGGAUGGACGUGGUGAUGAGGGUAUCAAGGUCCAUCUCGUCAUCCCGACAUGCGAGUUCCAUCUUGUUGUCCUCCCGUAAGCCUCUCCUGAAGGCCGUGUCAGCAGAGCACGUUCAUUCCAGCCGGAAGAUGCCGGCACCGUGCGAAAGCUCAGAGCGUACUCGGACGCGGGCCCCUCUCUCUGUUGUAGAUGCAGGAGACGCACACCCCCGUCCUUUCCCUCCGUGGGAUGAUCAAACACCGCCCUGAACUGAGCGAGGAAGGUGGUGUAGGGUAGUGCCACUGCCUCCUGUCCUUCCCAGACUGCCGUGGCCCAAUCCAGCGCCUUCCCCUUAAGAAGUGAAAUCACCAGCGCUAUCCUGGCUUGGUCAGAUGGAUAUGCCCCAGGCUGACGCGCCAUAUAAAGUGACACUUGUAGCAAGAAGCCUCUACAUUUAGUAGUUUUACCGUCAAAGCGUUCUGGUAGGGUGAGGGUUCCCGCAAAAGUGGGUGAUAGCCCGAGGACAGGUGGAUUGGAGGCACUCGCCGAUCCCUGAGGUAGAACCAGAGAGCUGGGUAGAUUGUGCAGAGUUUGGAGUACUUUCUGCAUGGCGACGUUCAACUGGGCAAGCUGCUGCUGGUGCUGGUCGAGACACUGGGAAACUCCUGCUGCAUCCAUUUUCGUUUGAUGUGUGAUUCUGUGACGAGUACUGAGGAUACGAAGAGGCAGGAGGGGACAUUGCCAAGGUGCGGCCGUUUCUCUCUCAGGCUGAUACAGAGAGACUCAUCAAUGCUUUCAUUACAAGCAGGCUUGACUGCUGUGAUGCUCUCCUGUCUGAUCUACCCAUGAAAGCAAUUGGUCAACUGCAAAACAUACAGAAUGCUGCAGCACGGGUACUGACGUAGAGCACACAUUACACCGCUUUAAAGAUCUCUGCACUGGCUGCCUGUGAGUUUUAGAAUUAAUUUUAAGAUUGGUUUUUAAAUCAAUCCACGAUUGUGCACCCCAAUACAUGUCAGACAUGCUUUUAAGUUAUGUACCCAGUAGGUCCCUCAAGGCCUCUGGCACUGGCCUUUAACUAUCCCAAAGCCUAGGACCAAGAAGCAUGGAGAGGCAGCCUUUAGUUAUUAUGCCCCCCAGCCUCCAGAAUAGCCUGCCAGAGAACCCGAGGUGGCCGAAAAUGUGGAAAUAUUUAAAAGAGAUCUUAAAACAUAUCUAGUAGUAGUAGUAGUAGUAGUAGUUGUUGUUGUCCUCUCCUCUCCUCUCCUCUCCUCUCCUCUCCUCUCCUCUCCUCUCCUCUCCUCUCCUCUCCUCUCCUCUCCUCUCCUCUCCUCUCCUCUCCUCUCCUCUCCUCUCCUCUCCUAAUAUAGAGUUGUAGUAGCUGACCCGCCUCUCCUCUCCUCUCCUCUCCUCUCCUCCUCUCCUCUCCUCUCCUCUCCUCUCCUCUCCUCUCCUCUCCUCUCCUCUCCUCUCCCCUUCGCCUGCCCUGCCGGAAGCUGGGUCCGCGGUUUGUGGGGCCAUUUAAAGUCCUGAGGAGACUGAACAAGGUAUGCUAUAGGUUACAGCUCCCCCCUGAUUACCGUAUUAACACCUCGUUCCAUGUGUCUCUCCUCAGGCCGGUGGUGGCAGGUCCGCUCCAGCAGUCUGAGGUGCGGGAGGUUCCUCCGCCCCCUCUGGACAUCGAGGGGGUCCCGGCGUAUACUGUACGAGCCAUCAUGGACUCAAGGCGUCGGGAGAGGGGCCUUCAGUACCUCAUGGAGUGGGAGGGGUACGGUCCGGAGGAGAGAUGCUGGGUGCCGGUGGAAGAUAUCCUGGACCCUUCCUUACUGUAGGAAUUUCACCGUCUCCACCCGGAUCGUCCUGCGCCUCGUCCUCCGGGUCGUCCCCGAGGCCGGUGUCGGCGCGCUGCUGGAGCCGCGCGUCAAGGGGGGGGGGGGGGGGUACUGUCACGACUUCCGCCGAAGUUGGUGCCUCUCCUUGUUCGGGCGGCGUUCGGCGGUCGUCGUCACAGGCUUUCUAGCUGCCACCGAUCUACGUUUCUUUUUCCAUUUGUUUUGUCUUGAUUGUACACACCUGGUUCCCAUUACAUUAUAUUAUUUCCCUAUUUAAACCUCUGGUUCCCACUUGGUUCUGUGCAUGUUUGUUCUUUGUUCUGUGUCUAAGACUUAUGUGAGCUGGUGUGUUUUCCCUGCGUGGAAAUUAGUGUUGUUUAUUUUUCGAGUAAAGUACGUUGUUUACUCAGUUCUGUGUCCUGCGCCUCCUUUCUCCUCCAGCUAGUCCCUCUGUCAGGGGUAGUUGUAGUAGUAAUAGUAGUAGCAGUAGUAGUAGUAGUAGUAGUAGUAGUAGUAGUAGUAGUAGUAGUAAAGUGUAACCUUGAAAGCAGAAAGCAAGUGUCCAGAUGAAGAUGGUGAUAAAAGUCAUGGUUGUUGUGGGUUCUGUUGUCAUGAAGGACAGCUCUCAGUCAUGAAGUGUUAAACUCACAGGGAUAUAAACACUCUUAAAGCAGUGGGGCAGAGGCAUUAUGCAACUGUCUGUUCACUCAUGCUUGGUCUCUCAUGUAAGUUCCUCUAAUCAGUUAGUGAAAACUUCUCUAAACUAAAGCUGGUAGGAUUCCUCUGGUAGUGUUGUCUGUCCUCUGUGACUUUACAACCACUGUUAAAUCUGAGAUCAACAUCUUUAAUAAAGGAAUAUACAACAUGGAUCACUAUCAGUACUGCUGCUGCUGUUGUCUUUCAUAUGGACAAUAUGGAGGAAUACUAGCAACACUGGAUCUAAUGUUGGACUGUACCUAUAGACUAGGAGAAAACCUGAUACACAGAAGAAGGAAAAAAUAGUCAUAUCUGGAUUUAAGAUACAAUUCAUAUUUUUAUUAUCUAGAAACAGCUUAUAUGAAGUGUUUGUUCUACCUGGAAGAUGUUAAAGUGUAUUAGUGUUGAAUGUGAUGCUGUAUGAGUGAUAUUCAGUGUAACAGCUGCAGCAUCACAACACAGAGAGGUUUUUGUACCAGCAGUAAUAGGGAUUGUAUCACUGUGGUGGACUUUUGGUAGCGGCACCAGACUUGAUGUUGGAAGUAAGUAAACAACAAAAUUAACUGUUUUAUUCACCUUUUGAUCUCGUGUUCCAAUACCUCUAGAAAUUUAGCCUCGAUAUUGGGGAUUUUUUUACUUACUUUUUUUUACAUGAUUUUGGCGGAAAAUAUACAAAGCCUACACAUAAUAUGGCCAAUUUUAACAAGUAUUUUAAUACAUCUAAUUAAAUUUGAGAGUGAUUAGCCUACAUUUUAGAUUAGGUGUAUGAAUAAACAUACUGUACCUUGUAGGAAAUGUUCAAUAAACAGGUUUAGCAAUUUUUGUGGAAAAAAACAAAAAACACUUUAUGUCAAAUGAACAAAAUAUAAUCAUCUUUGGCAAGUAUUCAUACCAUAUUAGAGUCAAUGAUUUCAACCACAGUCUAAAGAAAUUCAGCUUGCCCAAUGGGCAGGAGGUUUUUGUAUGAGCAGUAAUAGGGAUUAUAUCACUGUGGGCCACUUUUGGUAGCGGCACCAGACUAGAUGUUGGAAGUAAGUAACAAGCUCUCUUGAUAUUUCUUUCUGAUUACACUUAUUAAGUAUGUUAUUCUUACACUCUGUCUCUAUGAAACUAUUGCGAUUUUAGAUUUUCAAAAUGUUUUAAUUACUUUUGACUGAGCCUUCUUUCAAAUAACCAUUUUUUGAAUCAAAAUGUUAAAUUGCAGGUUUAUUUGUAUGUCUGAUUUGUAUGAUUGGUGACUAUAACUCUUCAUUCUGGUAUGAUGACUAUUUAAUAGUACUGGAUAUAGUAGUCAUUAUUGUUUCAUUGAGUUCAUGGUAGCCUUCACUAUUAGUGUGAAGACAAAUGGUCUCAGUCAUGUUUGGAACCGACUUCAUGAACUAACAUGGUUGAUAUGUGAUUAAAACUAAUUUAUGCUCAAAUUCUGCAAAGACUACGAAUAUGAAAAGGCUAUUGUGAUCAGAUUCAUUCCUAAAAAAUGUCUGUAUGACAUGUAUAACUGAUGCUGAAUGACUUGUAACUCUACUUAUUUAAUACUUGUUCGGUUCAUUAAUCUGCUUUAUCAUAUUACAGUUUGUGUUUUCUCCAUAUCUUUUGCCAAUCUAACUUUUACAUUAAUAUUUAGAGGGCAUUUCCAAAUCACUUUAUUUUGAUGUGUCCUUUGCUGAAUAUAAUCUCUUACUGUAACUGUACUUGAUGUAGUUACUUAGGUGAUGUGUUCUGUUUGUUCCAGGCAACAGAGUCCCAACCCUCACCGUCCUGCCCCCCUCUAGUGAGGAGCUGUCCAGUACAACAACAGCCACACUGACGUGUCUGGCCAACAAGGGCUUCCCCUCAGACUGGACCAUGAGCUGGAAAGUGGAUGGGACCAGCAAGAAGCAGGAGACCAGUCCCGGGGUCCUGGAGAAGGACGGCCUGUACAGCUGGAGCAGCACACUGACUCUCACUGCCCAGGAGUGGACCAAAGCAGGAGAGGUGACCUGUGAAGCCCAGCAGAAAUCCCAGACUCCAGUCACCAAGACCCUGAGGAGGGCUGACUGUUCUGGGUAG